AGAGGUUUGAUCAGAGGGAUGACAAGGUUGGUGUCUGCUUUAAGAGGGUCACUUUGGCCAAUGACACGAGAACAGUGAGGAGAGCAGACUGCAUGGGUCUAGGGGCAGGCUAGCCAGAGCAGUAAGAAACUCCUCCUGGUUUCCAAGUUGAAGAUUCAGUCCUGCAGGAAUCUGUGAGCAAGAAGAGCCUCAGGAGUCAGGACAGAAGGAAUCUGAGGGAGCAGUGUGAUGGAUUUGUCAGUCCCAGUGAACAUAAAGGAGGUGACCUGCCCCAUCUGCCUGGCGCUCCUGACAGAACCUCUGAGCCUGGACUGUGGCCACAGCUUCUGCCAAGCCUGCAUCACUGCAAAGAACAAGGAGUCAGUGGUCUGCCCAAGACUAGAAAGGAGCUGCCCCGUGUGCCAGACCAGAUACCAGCCUGGGAACCUUCGUCCUAAUUGGUAUCUGGCCCACAUAGUAGAGAAAGUCAAGGAAGUCAAGAGGAGCCCAUGGAAGCAUCAGAAGAGAGAGCUCUGUGUACACCAUGGAGAAAAACUCCAGAUCUUCUGUAAGGAGGAUGGGAAGGUCAUUUGCUGGCGUUGUGAGUUGUCUCCUGAACACCGUGGUCACCAAACAUUCACCAUAGACAAAGUGGUCAAGGAAUGUCAGGAGAAGCUCCAGGCAGCUAUCCAGAGGCUGAGAAGAGAGCAUCAGAAAGCUGAGAAGUUGGAAACUGACCUUGGAGAAGAGAGAUCUUCUUGGAAGUCUUAUAUUCAGACUGAAAGACAAAAGAUCUUGAAAGGUUUUAAUGAAAUGAGAAGCAUCUUGGACAGUGAGGAACAGAGGGAGCUGCAAAAGCUGGAGGAAGAAGAGGUGAAUGUACUGGAUAACCUAGCAGCAGCCAAAGACCAACUGGGCCAGCAGAAGCAGUGUGUAAGAGAGCUCAUCACAGAUCUCCUACGAAGGACACAGGGGACACCAGUAGAGAUGCUGCAGGAUGUGAUUGAUGUCAUGAAAAGGAGUGAAAGUUGGACCUUGAAGAAGCCAAAAGCUGUUUCCAAAAAACUGAAGCAUGUAUUCCGAGCUCCAGAUCUGAGUAGGAUGUUACAAGUUUUUAAAGAACUGAGAGAUGUCCAGUGCCACUGGGUGGAUGUGAUGCUGAAUCCAGUCAACACCGUUUCGAAUGUUGUCAUUUCUGCGGAUCAGAGACAAGUGAAGGUUGUGCACGCUUGCAUGUUUAGGAACUUAGAUCCACGUGAUUUUUCUGCUUUUGGGGUCUUGGGCUGCCAAUAUUUCUCCUCAGGGAGAUAUUACUGGGAAGUAGAUGUGUCUGGGAAGGUUGCCUGGAUCCUGGGAGUACAUAGUAAAAGAAAUAACCCCAAUAAAACAAAGAGUUUUGUUGGGGUUGAUUUUGACCCAAAUGCAAAUCAUCAAAAUGUUUGCUCCAGGUACAACCCUCAGAAUGGUUACUGGGUUAUAGGAUUACAGAAUGAAUUUGAGUAUAACGCCUUUGAGUACUCUUCUUCUAAUUCUAAGAUUUUGACUCUUUCCAUGUCUGUGCUUCCCCAUCGCAUUGGGGUUUUCCUAGAUUGUGAAGCAGGAAUUGUCUCAUUUUUCAAUGUCACAAACCAGGGGUCACUCAUCUACAAGUUCUCCAAAUGUUGCUUUUCUCUUCCUACCUAUCCAUACUUCAAUCCUUGGAACUGUCCAGGUCCCAUGACCCUGUGCCCACCAAGCACCUGAACUUUCUUGUUCCCUCCCCCACUUCUGUGAAAUAUCUCCAUUUCUCCUGAGGUUUGGAUCUCAUAUCUGAAUUUAUCUCCACCAUUCUGACAGCCUCUUCCUUUCUCUCUCCUUUUCUUAGAAGGUCUUUUGUAUUAGUUUGCUACAGUGCCGUAAGAAAGUAUCAUGGACUGGUGGUAUAAACACCAGAAAUUUAUUGUCUCAAUUUUGGGGGUUAGAAGUCCAAAAUGAAGGUGUUAGCAGAGCUGAUUUUUUCUGAGGGCUGUGAGUGAAGGAUCUGUUCCACGUCUCCUUGGGUUGGAUACAACAUCUUCUCCCUGUGCCUUCUAACAUUUUCUUCCUUCUAUGCAUGCCCCUAUGUCCAAAUUUCUCUUUUUAUAAAGACACCAGAGAUAUUAGAUCAAGAUACACCUUUAAUGAGACCAUUUUAAAUUAGUAUUUUCUACAAAGAACCUGUCUCCAAAUCAGGUUAUAUUCUUAGGUAUCAGUGGUUAGAAUUUCAAAAUAUGUAUUUGAGGAGGGAGCAGUUCAGCCCCUAACAGUCUUUUACUUUUUCUUAUCAUUUAAUGAUGCCUGUACUUUAUUAUUUCUCGUAUCUUAUUUUCAUUAGGAGAGAAUGCUUUUUAGGAGGUGAGGGGUGGAAGAUGGUGAUGGUGAUGGAGUAUGCACAGGGGAACGUAUCUAAUUCCUCCUAUUGAAAGAACAAUAGCCUUUGUUACAUAACUCCUUUGCCACCUCUUUUCUUCCUCCUUCCUUUGUUGCUUAGCAGAACGGACAAAGGAAAAUCUGUCAACCUAUAUUUAUGUUAUGUAAAAGAGCACAUAGGAAUCUGUCGCUAAAUAGUGAAUCCUUCAGAAUGUAUUAUUUGCCGGUGACACCUCAUAUUUUUCAGAGAUUUAAAGCAGGAAGUGCAUAAAUAACAUAUCUAGCUAGAAUGGAGAUUUAAUGCUCAGAGUUUCCAAGUUCUAAUCUUGUAUCUUCACGUAGACACUCUACACCAUUGGUUAAAUUACUGAAUGUCUCUUGUUCUCAUUUUCCUAAAAUAAAAAUUGAUGUGUAAGAUUGUAUCUAAUCCUUAGGAUCAUUUUGAAUAACGAACAUUUUAUUGAAUAUAGACCAACUUUCUAAAGCACUUUUUCUUAAACAUUAGAAUAAAAAUGUGUUUCAUUAUUACUGAAAAAAUGUAAAUCAUGUCAUUUUCUCUGGGGAACCUUUGUUUUCUUUAUUUGCUUCAAUAAAACAAUAGUUGGAUCUA